AUGGACAGGUCCAAUUGGACAUCUUCUGGGUUAGGUUUCAUUCUCCUGGGUCUCUCAGGCCACCCAAAACUAGAGAAAACAUUCUUUGUGCUCGUUCUGCUAAUGUACCUAUUAAUUUUAUUAGGCAACGGGGUCCUUAUAUUGGUGACCAUCCUUGACUCACGCCUACACACACCCAUGUACUUCUUCCUGGGGAAUCUCUCCUUCCUGGACAUCUGCUACACCAGCUCCUCAGUUCCUCUCAUUUUGGACAGCUUCCUGACCCCCAGGAAAGCCAUCCCCUUCUCAGCCUGUGCCGUGCAGAUGUUCCUCUCCUUUGCCAUGGGGGCCACAGAGUGUGUGCUCCUGAGCAUGAUGGCCUUUGACCGCUAUGUGGCCAUCUGCAACCCCCUCAGGUACCCUGUGGUCAUGAGAAAGACUGUCUAUGUGCCCAUGGCUGCCGGUUCCUGGGCAGCUGGAAGUGCAACAGCAAUGGUGCAGACCUCCCUGGCAAUGAGACUGCCUUUCUGCGGAGACAACAUCAUCAACCACUUCACCUGUGAGAUCCUGGCAGUCCUGAAGUUGGCCUGUGCUGACAUCUCCAUCAAUGUCAUCAGCAUGAUUGUGGCCAAUGUGAUCUUUUUGGGCAUCCCAGUUCUCUUCAUCUCUUUCUCUUAUGUGUUCAUCAUAAGUACCAUUCUGAGGAUUCCCUCAGCAGAUGGGAAGCGAAAGGCCUUUUCCACCUGCUCUGCCCACCUCACUGUUGUGGUGGUUUUCUAUGGAACCAUCCUUUUCAUGUAUGGGAAGCCCAAGUCUAAGGAUCCUUUGGGGGCAGACAAACAGGACCUUUCAGACAAGCUCAUCUCCCUUUUCUAUGGGGUGGUGACCCCUAUGCUAAAUCCCAUCAUCUAUAGCCUGAGGAACAAGGAUGUAAAGGCUUCAGUGAGGAACAUGGUGAGUCAGAAAUGUAUCUCCUAG